CGGGCAAACGCUCUUCCCGUCGUUCCCUUCCCCCUCACUCCCUCCACUGCGUCCUCUCGCUGCCGCCGCCGCCGCCGCCGCCGCCCGCCCGAUCCCUCGAUCCGGCUCCGCCGCGAUGCUCUCCAUGUCGAGGGUGCUCGCGAGGCGGCUCUUCUCCACCGCCGCGCCCGAGGGCGCCGCCGCCGCCUCGACGUCGCUGGCGAGGAAGGCGCAGAACCCCCUCGAGGAGUUGUUCGAGGUCGAGCGGAGCACCGAGGACGACCAGCCCGCUCCCCACUACGGUCGUGGUUGGAAGGCUUCUGAAUUACGCCUCAAGUCUUGGGACGACCUUCAUAAGCUGUGGUAUGUCCUGCUAAAGGAGAAGAACAUGCUCAUGUCUCAACGCCAGAUGCUGGCUUCAGAGAGCAUGCGCUUCCCAAACCCGGAGCGCAUUUCCAAGGUGAGGAGAUCGAUGUGCCGGAUCAAGCACGUGCUGACGGAGCGGGCCAUUGCGGACCCUGACCCGCGGAGGACUGCGGAGAUGAAGCGGAUGAUCAACGCCAUGUGAUGGACCCACGUUGUCGCCGUGCUUUUUCAGCUGUCCGUAAGCAGCUUUAGCAUCUGUCUACCACUAGAAAGAAUUUGCUUGCUUGCCUCCCCCGGAACCGGAAGAUGUAUAAGAAGAAAUGCAGCAGUCCUGGGGAUUCUACCAGGCUCCCAAACAUUUCCGUGGAUGAACCUUAAUGGACCUCUGAUGGAAUAACCGUGGCCGUCUGUCUGUUUUUUGCACAUUCAUGUUGAUUCAGUACGUAAAAUUUGG